AACUUCUAUGGAAGCAUUAAAUAACUAAGAAUGUGUAUCUCAUCAUACAUAUUAAUUCUCUCCCUCUCUCUUUUUUCUCAAGGUUUUCUACUCUCAGUUUCAAAAUCUCUGCAAGAGGUGGAAGAUGAAGACAUGUUGCUAACCACACUAAAUCUAGGAAAAACUCUCCGAAAUGGAGACACGGCUCUGAACAGAGGAGCUAUACCUUUGCUGAAGCAUUACAUGACUGAAGACAGCAUUGUUUUCAAUGAAAAGAAUGAUGGAAACAUGAAGUUUUUGGACACGGGUUCCAGACGUGAUUUCUUAAAUCAUGUCAGGCCAAUCAACUUAGGUAGAAAACAACUACUGAAGGGAGCCAUGGCUUUUCCAGCUGACACUGAAAUUCAAAAUAUUGAAUCAAUACAGGAAAGAGAAACCACAGAUGAAGAAAAUUCAGCUAAAUUCCCUAUAGGAAGAAGAGAUUUUGACAGUAAAUAA